AUGCCAGUGACCAUAUGGCGGCCAAUCAGUAUACUCGGAUACGCUAGCUUCAGUAGUCCCAGCUGCAUGAGCGCCAUCAAAGGAAAUCCAACAAAAGCAGAGCCCUCGGCACGAGACACGCCAACUCCACAUUCCGUCUUUCUCUUGUCAAACGCAUCAGGUGACGUUUAUCUCAUCUAUCGGCACCAAUGGUCGACGUCUAUUCAUGGGUCGGUGGCGUUAUGUGGCCAACCACGUCCACUAACUACGGGCGGGCCCCUGACCACGACGUCCACUCCCUCCCCAAUAUGUCUCUCCUACCCCCAUGUCCGAAGUAUAGACAAGGGACCUGUCUUCUAUGACGGCUUAGGAGGCGACGACGGCACGUGUUUCAAAACCGGCGCAGCCCGUCCAGACAUUUACGCGUACAACUACAACACAGAUUGCUACCCUGUCUCUUUGAGCGCUUCAGCUGAUAAAGAAAAAUUCUGGCAGCUGUCCAUUGGAUUCUUUUCGCCGACAAACGUGUGUCCAUCUGUGUGGACCACGGCAACAACUUUUGUUGAAAGUGGCGGAGAAACCGAGAUCGUGUGUUGCCCUAGGUGGUCCAAUAUGUCUACUUACAACGGACAUGACUUUGACAGCAUCGGGGCGCAUUACACAGAUGGGACCACGCUGGCUAAUUAUGGCUUAUACCAUCCACCUGUAAUACUCAGAUGGAGGAUUGGUGAUGGAAGUGAAACGACGAUAAACAUUGGUAGCGGUACAUCACCUACAGCUGCGCCAGCGUCUUCGCAAAGUGCCACGCCGAUUAGCACAACAACGCCAGGCGCAGGGACACGAGUGGCGGCAGGCGGGAUCCCAACAUUCGUGCUGGGUGGACCUGCUAUCGUUGCUUGGCUAUUAGCCUGA